UUCUGCUCCUGUUAUCGGGACGCGGCCUCCUCCGCCUCUCCCCUCCCGCUGCCAUGCACCCUGCGGCCUUCCCGCUUCCUGUGGUUGUGGCCACUGUGCUGUGGGGAGCGGCCCCCAUCCGGGGGCUCAUUCGAGCGAUCUCGGACCACAAUGCCAGCAUGGACUUUGCAGACCUCCCAGCUCUCUUUGGGGCUGCCUUGAGCCAGGAGGGACUUCAGGGCUUCCUUGUGGAGGCUCACCCAGACAAUGCCUGCAGUCCCAUUGCCCCACCACCCCCAGCCCCGGUCAACGGGUCAGUCUUUAUUGCACUGCUUCGAAGAUUCGACUGCAACUUUGACCUCAAGGUCCUAAAUGCUCAGAAGGCUGGGUAUGGUGCAGCUGUGGUACACAAUGUGAAUUCCAAUGAACUUCUGAAUAUGGUGUGGAAUAGUGAGGAAAUCCAGCAGCAGAUCUGGAUCCCGUCUGUGUUUAUUGGGGAGAGAAGCUCCGAGUACCUGCGUGCCCUCUUUGUCUACGAGAAGGGGGCUCGGGUGCUUCUGGUCCCAGACAAUAGCUUCCCCUUGGGCUAUUACCUCAUCCCUUUCACAGGGAUCGUGGGACUGCUGGUUUUGGCCAUGGGAGCAGUGAUGAUAGUUCGUUGUAUCCAGCACAGGAAACGGCUCCAGAGGAAUCGACUGACCAAAGAGCAACUGAAACAGAUUCCUACACAUGACUAUCAGAAGGGAGACCAGUAUGAUGUGUGUGCCAUCUGCCUGGAUGAAUAUGAGGAUGGGGACAAGCUGAGGGUGCUCCCCUGUGCUCACGCUUAUCAUAUCCGCUGUGUGGACCCCUGGCUCACUCAGACCCGGAAGACCUGCCCCAUCUGCAAGCAGCCUGUCCAUCGGGGUCCUGGGGAUGAGGAGCAGGAGGAAGAAACCCAGGGGCAAGAGGGUGACGAGGAAGGGGAGCCAAGGGACCACCCUGCUUCCGAACGGACCCCACUUCUGGGCUGCACCCCCACCCCUCCCACCUCCUUUGGUUCUCUAGCCCCAGCUCCCCUAGUCCUUCCUGGGUCUUCCACAGAUCCCUCACCCUCUACCUCUGCAGCUGCCAUCCUGGUCUAGUAGUCCCCUUUCUCCUCCAUCUCUGAUGACCUAUUUGCACAGCUCCUCUUCCUCUCUACUGUCUUCUACGCUGAGGGAUAGGAGACGAGGGAUAGGAGUCGUUUCCACCCCAGGUUUCUCCCUUACCCAACUCUAUCCUCUUGAAGAGGUUGGGGGUACAAAGGGAUGGGGUUUUCAUUUAUUGGGUUAAUAAAAUUGUUUUUGUGGA